UUUGUGGAAUUUUCCCAGACAAGCUGACAAAACUGCUCGCCUCUUGUUCUUCUUGUUCUUGCUUUUGUUGUUGGGUCGUAUAGAUAUUCGUCAAAAUUCAUAAGAAAACCAAAAAAGCCCGACAAAAUUGCCACCUCGAAGUUUCCGAAACAAUAUCCAAUCAAAAAAAAAAAAAAACAAUUGAUCUUAUUGUGGGAAACUUCAAUUUCUUUUUGGGCCUGAGGAGGAGGUUUUUCUGUUUUUAUUUUUCACAAGCUCUGGUCGUAACCGAUUUUGAUCGAAUAGAAUUAUUCCGGCGACUUGGGUUCUUGAGAAUUUGAUAGCAAUUGGUGGUUUUUUGGAUGUUCAUUAAGUUGAUCGGGUGACUUGGGCUUGUGAGAAUAUGAGGUGAUUUUUUUGGGUGUUCAUGAAUUUGAUCGGUGAAAGAAUGAACUUUUUACUACAGGUUGCUGCUUAGUUAGAUUUUGUAUUACAUCUUGAAGAUUUGAGUUGCAUUUUCAUUAUUCUUGAAUACCCGAAUCACGAAUUCGCCUCUCUAUGCCCGGAAUGGAACAAUUCCGGCAUAUUGGAGAGGUGCUUGGAAGUAUGAAGGCCCUCAUGGUGUUGCAAGACGAUGUUCAAUUCAAUCAAUGUCAGUGCUGUUUGCUGUUUGAUAUUUUUUGCUUGGCAUUCGACACAAUUGCAGAGGAGAUAAGACAGAACCUGAAGUUUGAAGAGAAGAACAAGAAAUGGAAAGCUCUCGAGCCACCUUUGGGAGAGCUCUACAGGGUUUUUAAAGAAGGUGAGCUUUACAUUAAGUAUUGCUUGGAUUUCAAGGAUUGGUGGGGAAAAGCAAUCAGUAUCCAUCAGAACAAAGAUUGUGUUGAAUAUCACAUACACAACUUGCUCUGCUUAUUCCCUGCUGUAAUUGAGGCCAUAGAGAAUGCUGGAGAGAUAGCGGGACUCGAUGAGGAUGACAUGAAAAAGAGGAAAGUCGUGCUCACGAGGAAGUACAAUAAGGAGUGGAAUGACCCAAAACUUUUCUAUUGGAGAUUUGGGAAGCAGUACUUGAUCCCUCGAGAAAUAUGUAACCGGUUGGAGAGUGCUUGGAGGCAAGAUAAAUGGAGGCUUAUUGAAGCACUAGAGGAUAAGAGAAUUUUGCUCUCUGAUGCUUUGACAAAAAAUGAGCACCGCCUUGCAGACUUACUGAUCAAGAAACUAAAUGGGUCAGAGCAAUUUAAGGGGAAACUUUUUCCAAGUUCAAUUUUAUUAGGAGCAAAGGAUUACCAAGUGAGGCGCCGGUUAGAAGGGGGAGGCCAGUAUAAGGAAAUUCAUUGGUUGGGGGAAAGUUUUGUUUUGAGGCACUUCUAUGGGGAGGUUGAAUCUUUGAAUUCUGAGAUUUCUACCCUCCUAUCACUUUCCCACCCCAAUGUAUUGCAAUACCUUUGUGGCUUUUAUGACGACGAUAAGAAAGAGUGCUUGCUUGUUAUGGAGUUGAUAAACAAAGAUCUCAUCUCCUUCAUGAAGGAGAAUUGUAGCGCAAGGAGGCGGAUUCUGCUUUCUUUCCCGGUUGCUGUUGAAAUCAUGCUUCAGAUUGCAAGGGGCAUGGAAUAUCUCCACUCUCAGAAGAUCUAUCAUGGAGAUCUGAACCCUGCUAAUAUCCUUGUCAAAGUGAGGAAUUCCACAGAAGGCUAUUUACAAGUGAAGGUCUCAGGUUAUGGCUUAUCAUCAGUAAAAAAUACUACUCGAAACUCAACAGACCAAAAUACAGACCAAGUUACAACAGACACUUGUAUUUGGUAUGCGCCUGAAGUUCUGGCUGAGCAAGAACAGCCUGGAAGUGCUUUUACUUGUAAGUACUCAGAGAAAGCAGAUGUCUAUAGCUUUGGUAUGCUUUGCUUUGAGCUCUUGACAGGGAAAGUUCCUUUUGAAGAUGGCCAUCUACAAGGAGAGAAAAUGAGUCGAAAUAUAAGGACCGGGGAAAGGCCUCUCUUCCCAUUCCCUUCACCUAAAUGUCUUGUGAACUUAACCAAAAAAUGCUGGCAAAAUGACCCAGCUCAGCGCCCAAGUUUCUCAUCCAUCUGUAGGAUUUUACGUUCCAUCAAGAAAUUCCUUGCAAUGAACCCCGACAAUGGUCAACCUCAACUGCUCUCACCUUCUGUAGACUUAUGUGAAAUAGAGGCUUUGUUUGUAAAGAAAUUUCCUCCAGAAGAGGGUGGUGAUCCAGCUCCUGUAUCGCGAAUUCCAUUUCAAAUGUUUGCUUAUAAACUUGCUGAGAUGGAUAAGACUUCUAUGAGCGUUAAAGAUGAUAAGAGUCAGGAUCCAACAAAUGAUGCGACCUCAACUGACAGAGAUGAUGGCGUGUCUGUAGUGGAUGAUCAAUUGGUACCAGCUAGUGAUACAGCUUCAGUUAGUUUUGAUUUAAUAUCAGUUUCUUCUGAGACCCCAGUAAAGAAAAUUUCACAAAGAAAUAAACCUGCAGAACGUAAGAUGAGAAAAGGCCCAGGAACAACAAAAACACAAACACCAAGACAUUCACCAGCACAAUCACCAUUGAGAACAUUUAGCCACAAUUUGAGGCCAACCAAGGGGAGUAUGUCGCCAUUGACUAUGAGCCCUAUGCACCCAAGAAUAAGAGGCAGGCCUGUCCCUAAUUCUUAGGUUUGUAGGGACUUCACCUAACUGAAACAGAGUUGGUGGUGUUCCAUAGAAGUUUUUCCCAAAACAUGGGAUUCCCACAGUAGCUUGUCACAUGCAUCACUUUUUUUGUCUACUUCUGAAAAUGAAAAAAAGGAAAGAAAAAAAAAAUGUAGUUUUGUAUGAGGUUAGAGAUAGUGAACCUCCAUGACUGGCUGCAAACAAGCGUAUCCAUGUUAUAGGACUACAAUUUUGAAGUAGAUAUAUAUUUUUGUCAUUACACGGUUA